GAUACGGUGGUCCUCCAAACCCCGGAUAUGGAAACGGAACAGCUGACAGGACAAAAUCCAGGUGGAAUAAUUAAACAGAGAUUAUUAUGAGUCAAAACUCAAAUGAUCUUGCUAUUUCUGACCCAGGAGUGGUUUUUGUUAUCCAGGUCGAGCAUGCUAGCAGCCCUGCCGGUCACCGGAUCCAGAAUAUUCUAGAGAAAACGGAUAUUGUGGAUUUCCAGCUGAAGAACAGGAUAUCGGAACAGUUCUGCAGAAAGGAUAAAGAGACAAAUAUACAAAACAAGUUCUCGUGUUUUCCCUGCAGGACUGUAUUGGAAAGUGUGGAUGCCCUGAGAUGCCAUCUACAAGGCAGCAAACAUCAGCAUAACCUGGAGAAACCAUCCAACCAUAAUGAUUUUCUGUUCAUAAACGGAAAAUGGAAAGAGCAAAGAGCUGUCAAGCGACGAGCUCCUGAUGAACUAUCCCGGCGUGAGAAAACUAAGAAAAACAAAAAAGAUCGGAACUUUCCUGUUUACAAACAACAUACUCAGGAAAAAUACAAUGAAACUAAGACGUAUAUAGAGAACGGGUUGAGGAAAAUACGACCUUACUAUUUUACGUUCAUCGCUCAUGCUAAAGGAAGAUGGGUUGGCAAGGAUCUCUGGACAGUUUUCUCAGAAGAAUUUAGAAAAAUGGAGAAAGAAGAUUUUCUCAGAUGUGUAGAGAGUGGACUGGUGAAAGUUAAUGACAAUAAAGUUGAUAUCGACUAUAGGAUACAAAAUAAUGAUCUGAUCUUUCAUACAGUACACAGGCAUGAACUUCCGGUCACAGAUAUCAGAAUAGAUAUUGUUCAUGACGAUGAUGAUUAUCUAGUAGUAGAUAAACCUCCCUCUAUUCCUGUUCAUCCUUGUGGGCGUUAUAGGCAUAACACAUUACUGUUUAUACUUGCUAAGGAGUAUGGAUAUACUAACCUUCACACUGUACAUAGACUUGAUAGGCUAACCUCAGGUGUGCUAAUGUUUGCAAAAAAUUCGCACAAAUCCAGAGAUAUGGAGACUAUGAUAAGUGGCAGGCAUGUACAGAAGGAGUACAUAUGCCGUGUACACGGUGAGUUUCCUGAUGAAGAAGUUAUCUGUGAUCAACCAAUAGAAGUUAUCAAUUUUAAGAUCGGAGUGUGCAUUGUAUCUAAAGACGGAAAGGAAAGCAGAACAGUCUUUAAAAGACUUCAGUACAAAGAUGGUGUAAGUAUAGUAUCCUGUAAACCAAAGACCGGAAGAAUGCAUCAAAUUCGGGUUCAUCUUCAAUAUCUAGGGUUUCCUAUAUCCAAUGAUCCGCUGUACAACAGCGAUAUAUUCGGAGCUGAGAAAGGGAAAGGAGGUCUUCUCACAAAAACAAAGGAUAAACUGAUGGAGGAUCUGAUGAAGAGGCACACUGUGGACACCUGGAUGCAGAGUGAUGAGUAUAUCAACUCCAGGAUACAGGGGGAGGAGGAGAACGUCAAUUAUGAUGAUGGUUGUGAUGAUGAUGAUGAUGGUGGUAAACUUGGUGAUUCUGUUGAAGAAGGUGUUCCAAUAAAAGAGCAGCAGUGUACGGAUGACCUUGUAGAGAAUGCUGCAGAAACCCCUAUUCUUGAAGAAGAGAAAAAAGGUGCUAAGAUUAGUAGAGCUAAAGAUGGAUCAAGUUUAGAAGACGAGGUGGACGAAUUCUGUUUGGAUUGUAAAAGAACUUUCAAGGAUCCUCCGAAGGAUACCCUGUUUAUUUAUCUUCACUCAAUGAGGUACAGUGGAGAGGGUUGGGAGUACAAAACCAAGCUUCCCUCUUGGGCAACCAUUUAAAGGGAAAGUGCACCAAAACUGUGAUUUAAAGUAAACAAAAAUAACAUUUUUUCAGAAA